AUGGAGGACAACUUGGAGUCCGGCUGGGUGUCCGUCCGGCCCAAAGCGUUCGACGAGAAGGAGCGGCACAAAUUCGCUUUCAUCGUGGCCUGGAACGACAUCGAGGGAAAGUUGGCCAUAACCUGCCACAACCGGACCGUGCAGAAGCGGACCACCUACCUCGACCCGCUCCUCGACUGGAGCCCGGUCGCCGACGACGGGCAGCCCGGGGUGGCGUCAAAGCAAGACGGCGGUCGUCUGGCGAAAGUUCCGCCGAAGGGAAAAGUUGAGAGUUGGGAUUUAGUGUCGCCCAAGGUGGCCGACGCGGAGUUCGCGGAGCCCGCGGAGGCGCCGCUCUCCCCGGCGGGGGACACCGAGGCAGGCGGCCGCCAGGACUUCAGUUGGGCCGGCCUCUUCUCGUUCCACGAGCUCCGGGCGGCUCACCUCCAGCUGUGCGCAGUCAACGCCGAGCUGGAGCCCUGCCUGCCGGCCUUUCCGGAAGAGCCGUCCGGCGUGUGGUCGGUGCUCUUCGGCGCCUCGGCCGCGCCGUCGCAGCGCGAGACGGAGGCGCUGUGCUACCAGCUGCAGGUGUACCUGGGCCACGCGCUGGACACCUGCGGCUGGAAAAUCUUCUCGCGGGUGCUGUUCACCGACAGCGACGACACCGACGAGUACUACGAGAGUCUAAGCGAGCUGCGGAGGAAAGGCUACGACGACGGCCUGGACAGAGCCAAGAGGCGCCUGCAAGAGGUGCUGGACAAGCACCGGGGCCUGGACAGCAUGGUGGAGCUGCUGCAGGUCUACGGUGAGGAGGACGAGGCGUACGGCCAGAUGCUGGAGGCCGCCACGCAGCUCUACCACUACCUGCUGCAGCCUUUCAGGGACAUGAGGGAGAUGGCUAUGCUCAGACGCCAGCAGAUUAAGAUCUCGUUGGAGACGGAGCGCCUGGGCCCUCGCCGUGUGGACGGCCUGAGGAGGGAGGACGAGGAGUGGCAGAAGAAAGCGCAUGCCGCCGUCCUCGCCAUCCAGGACCUGACUGUCAAGUUUUUCGAAACCACCAAUCGGGCGCAGAAAGCACUGUACGAGCGUAUGCGCGCCGACCAGAGGCGACUGGGCAAGUCGGCGUGGGCUGCGGCAGUGGAGCGCAUGGAGCGGCUGCAAUACUCGGUCUCCAAAGAAACGCUGCAGCUGAUGCGGGCCAAGGAAAUCUGCCUCGAGCAGAGGAAGCACGGCCUUAAGGAGGAGAUGCGAAGCCUGCAGGGUGGCGAGGACGCCAUGCUGCACCUGGACCAGCUGGAGGCGCUGUACUAUGAACUUCAGCUGCAGCUGUACGACAUCCAGGCCGAGGUGUUGCGCUGCGAAGAGCUGCUGCUCACCGCGCAACUGCAGAGUCUCCGCAGACAGAUCACAGAGAGGCAGGAUGAGGUGGUGUACUACGAUGCCUUCGAGAGCCCCGACGCCAUGAAGGGGGCGGAGGACCCGGCCGGGCCCCCGCCUCUGCCGCCACUACGGGACGAGGAAGAACUGGGCCUCCUGCGGCAGAGGACUCGGCAGCUGGAAGCCCGCAGGGGACGCAUCAACACCAAGAAAGUCUACCUCAAAAACAAGAAGGAAAUUUGUGUCUCCAAUCACAAGCAGAAGAUUGCAGAGCGUCAGGGCGUCCUCACCUCAUCCCUGCAGGUGCGGGAAACAGAGGAAGAGGAAGCAGAGCGAAAUGCACGAGUGAGUCUGGAGAGGCAAAGAACUCUGGACCGACUUCGCAGCCUCAAUCAGCGUUAUCCGGGUCACGUGACCCUGAAGUCCAGUCGUCUCAGGCUGGUUCAGACGCGGCGGCGAGCGGGUCAGCCUCCCUGCACACAGGCGGCCGGCGUCCAGACUGACUGCGUCAUCUCGGACAUGCCGAAACUCUCGGUGCCUCCUCCAGGAGAUGCCUACGAGUCCUUACCCGCCACCCAGCUGCACAACCUGGACUCGUCUUCGCCGUUCCUCUCCCUGCCGACGUCCGUUCUCACCCUGGAAGGAGCCCCUCCACCGCCUCCACCUCCUCUCCCCCCUCCUCCACCGCCCGUAUCCGUUGAGCCACGCCUGGAGUUGCCGCGCGAGUCGGUGCCCGCCACGCUCCCCCUGGCUCCGUUCUCGCCACGCUUCUUCGACAGCAGCCAGCUGUUGACGGCCAGGAAGAAGCUGAGGAAAACGUCGGCUGAGGACGCCACCCAGUGGAGGAGAGCGAGUUCCCCGAUGGACGAGGUCCUGGCGUCCCUGAAGCGCGGCAGCUUCCACCUGCGCAAAGCCGAACUGCGCGUCCUGGGCCCCGACCCGGACGACGACAGCGAGAAUAUCCUGGCGCAGAUCCGGCAGGGCGUGCGUCUACGGCAGGUGCGCGCCCCGCCCGAGCGCCCGGGCCGCACCGACCGCUUCGCACACUCGGCCGACGCUCUGACGCGCAGCAUCCACGAGGCCCUGCGCAGGAUCAAGGAGGCGUCACCCGAGUCAGAGUCAGAGGACGAGGGCCUGCCCUGCGCCGACUGGGAGAACUAAAACGCUGUGCCAGCCGUGCGGCAUUUUUAGUGCAAUUUGAACAAAAACUAACUUUUUUUUGUAUUCCAAGUGGGUUUUGUACAAGUGGACCACUACACGCGUUUACCAUCCUGUACCAUUGUACUGUUCCUUUAAAGAGGUCCACAUGGAAAUGUACAUCACACAUGUAGGGCCUGACCGAUUAAUAAUACAAUAUUAGCCCUUUUUUAACAGCCCACGUCCCACCCCCACAUUACAGCAAGACAAAGAGUCAUGAAGUAUUUUAAAAAAUAAGAUCAGCCAAAAAAAAGUCCUAUUUGUCCUCUCUUUUGUAAAUUAUUGUCAAAUGUUCUGCCUGUAAUUCAUAUCUUUAUUGUUGUACGCGUUAAAGGACCCUGCAAAAAGAACUUUUAUUCAUUAUAUAUUUUUAUAAUUAAUCGGUUAUCGGAAUCGGCCUAAAAAAAUAUAUAUUGGCAUCGGUUGGGCCCUACUCCUAAGUAUUCCCAGGUUUUUGUUUGUUUGUUCUUUAAAUGUUUGUUUUUUUUAUUCCACCAUCUUAUACGAGCAAAUUCCAAAUGUUUCUUUCUGAUUCUAGCUUUUGUCUUGUGUGGGCUAAAUGGCAACUGGGAGUGCAGUGUUCAGAGAGGCAGAGCGCGCUCCAUUUGCUCUGAAUUUACCAACGAGCAUGUUGGCAAUUGGCAGGGCUAUGUCAGUGUCUAAGUUCUGCCUGUGAACAUCUCAUCCUGCCAGACGCUCCGGCCGCUCUGUCUGUCUCCAGCACUCUCAGUGUGAGACGCUCUGAAUAACCAAACGGCACACUCCAACAACACUCGGUGUUUCCGAAUGUUCCGGAGUGUGGAGAGUGCGUUUGGAGUGAUUUUCCGGACGUAUCCCAUGUGUGAGUCUUGGGACUCACACUUGGCCAUUGCAAGGCAAACAAUACAUGAGAUUGGAAGCUCUGUGAUUUGUGGGGCCAUUAAAAGUAACAAAUAUGU